AUGGGAAAAAUCAGCAGUCUUCCAACCCAAUUAUUUAAGUGCUGCUUUUGUGAUUCCUUGAAGGUAAAGUUGCCCAUCAUGUCGUCCUCCCAUCUCUUCUACCUGGCCCUGUGCUUGCUCACCUUCACCAGCUCUGCCACAGCUGCGCCGGAGACACUCUGCGGGGCUGAGCUGGUGGACGCUCUUCAGUUCGUGUGUGGAGACAGGGGCUUUUAUUUCAACAAGCCCUCAGGGUAUGGCGCCAAUAGUCGGAGGGCAAUUCAGACAGGAAUUGUGGACGAGUGCUGCUUCCGAAGCUGUGAUCUGAGGAGACUGGAGAUGUACUGCGCCCCGCUCAAGCCUGCCAAGGCAGCCCGCUCCGUCCGUGCCCAGCGCCACACUGAUGUCCCCAAGGCUCAGAAGGAAGUACAUUUGAAGAACGCAAGUAGAGGGAAUGCGGGCAAUAGGAACUACAGAAUGUAG